AUGUAUCGUUUAAUCUUAACAUACAUUAAUAUAAUAUUAUUUAUAUAUUUAUUAUUAGUUGGAUCAAUUGAUAGUAGACGAACUCUUAGAAAUUAUAUUGUAUAUAAUCAAUAUUUAUCACAAUUUAGACAAAAUCAAUUUUCAGUUUAUGAUCAAUCAGAAAAAAAUUUACUUUGUCGAAUUGAAUCAUCAUCUGAAUAUUCAUUUAAUAGAUUAAAUAAUCUUAUUCUUUAUCCAUUUAAUCAAACAAUAGCUUCAAUUAAUAAUCUUUGGUCACCAUAUAUGUAUCAAGCCCAUAUGAAUAUAUUAGAUGUUAAAUUAAAUAAAUGGAUGACUGGUCAAAUAUAUCAAAGUUAUAGUUCACAAGGAUUUCAAUUUAGAAUUGAAUAUCGAAGAAAAUAUUAUAUUAUGGAAAACAAAGUUGAUUCUUUAAUAACGGAAAUUCGAGAUGAGAAAAGAUCAAAUUAUAUUUUAACUCGUUUUUAUCAAAUAUCAAAUGAUAUAAUAUUUUCAUCUUCAUCUUCAUCUUCAAAAUAUAAAAUUCAAGUUUAUACUAAUGAUUUACCUCAUCCAUUAUAUAUGUUGGCACUUUAUGCUUUCGAUUCUAUAAGAUUAAAUAGAAGAAUCAUAUUUAUUCCAUAA